AUGGCCUGGCUUGGGCGGACGGCGACGCUGCUGCUGCUAGUCGCGGUGCUUCUGGCCUCCGCUUCUUCCCCCACCGCGGCGGCGGCGGGGCAGGGGGAAACAGUGAUCAGGCUGAAGCACAGUGAUGAUGGUUAUUCCUACAAUCAUACUCUUGCUCAUAUUCUCGUCGAAUACGCAUCUGCAGUGUACACAUCUGACUUAACAUCACUUUUCUUAUGGACCUGUCCAAGGUGCAAAGGCCACACAAAGGGUUUUGAGGUGAUAGAGAUCAUAGUAGAUGUGGAGAACUGCUUACAGGCAUUUGUUGGAGUUGCGCCUGACCCUCGAUCCAUAAUCAUUGCAUUUAGAGGCACUCAACAGCACAGUGUCUCAAAUUGGAUCGAAGAUCUUUUCUGGAAGCAGCUUGAUGUGGCAUACCCAGGCAUGCCGGAUGCUAUGGUACAUCAUGGGUUUUAUACUGCAUAUUAUAAUACAACUAUGCGAUAUGAGAUCCUGAAGUCUAUUAAAUGGGCAAGAAAAACAUAUGGAAAUCUACCCAUAAAUGUUGUGGGACAUUCCAUGGGAGGGGCUUUAGCUUCGUUUUGUGCCCUUGAUCUAUCUGUUACAUUUGGAUCAAAGGAGGUUGAGCUCAUGACUUUUGGACAGCCUCGGAUAGGCAAUCCUGCUUUUGCUGUAUACUUUGGUGGACAGGUCCCAAGAACAAUCCGCGUGACCCAUCAGAAUGAUAUUGUGCCGCAUUUACCACCGUACUAUUAUUACCUAGGUGAAUGGACAUACCACCACUUUGCUAGAGAGGUUUGGCUUCAUGAGAGCAUAGAUGGAAAUGUAAUUACCAGAAAUGAGACGCUAUGUGAUGAUUCUGGUGAGGACCCAACCUGUAGCAGGUCGGUCUAUGGGAUGAGCGUAGCAGAUCAUCUUGAGUACUACGGUGUCACACUACAUGCUGAUUCAAGGGGAACCUGUCAAUUUGUGAUUGGUGCAGCCAACUCAGUAUACAGCUACAUUCGUGAAGUUGAUGGAUCCAUCAUCUUGUCAAGAUAUCCAGAAGAACCAGAAACUCUAGAAUCUAUGUGA